GGAGCGAGCCCCUCCUCAAGUCCACCCCGACUUGGCCUCUCCCCUGCCGCCUCGACGCGACGCCAACGACACCGACGACACAGCCCCGCCCAGCCAUGGCCAUGGCCGUGAUCCGCCUCGCCGGCCCCACCGCCCUCCUCCCGCCAGCGACCCCGCCGUCGCCGUCGGCCUCGUCGUCUCUGCGGCCUCGGGCGCGCGCGCGCGCCGUGCGGCUGCGCCUGCGUGUGAGGUGCCGCGCCGGCGGCGACGGGGCGGAGGGGAAAGAGAAGGAGGAGGAGGAGGAGGCGCCCGAGUCGCUCUUCGCCAGGGAGCUCCGGCGGCGCGGGAUGGCGCCGGGGGCCGCGCCCGCGGAGGCGAAGGAGGCGGAGGAAGGGGGAGCGGAGGCAGGGAGAAAGCGCGGGGUGGCCGCGGCGGAGUUCGAGCGUGGCGCCGCCACGGACGGCCAGCGGGAGCGGUCCAUGGCGCUCAACAGCGAGGGCCUCCAGGGUCUUGUACCACGGGCGAAGUUACUAUUGUCACUUGGUGGUACCUUCUUUCUGGCAUUUGGGCCCCUGAUUCUUGUCACUGUUUCUCUCUUUGCUGGUUUAUAUGUGUACUUUGGACCAAGUUUCGUACACGACGCAAGCAAGAAUCCAGUGUCGCCACCGCCGUACAUCGAUCCAUACGAGCUACUGGAAGACGAGAGGCUCACCCGGCCCUCCCCAGACGUGUUCUAAUGCAAGAACAAGUGCAGAAGUAACCACAACAAAUGGUCGUACAUACGUAGCUCAAAACUCUCUUUUCUUUUACUAGGCGUACGUGUAGCUGUAAAUGCAAAGAUAGCUGUAGACUCUUAUAAUCAAACAUUUCAACAAGAUAUUGUUCCAUGUCCGAACAAACUGGAAUCUUCCGAGCUCUGGGCUGCAAGCUAUGAGCUUUUUCUUUUUGGCCAGCCA